AUGGCCACCAACGACAAUACACCAUUUUGCGACAUUUGCCAAAGUAGGGACCUCAACAAGUUAGCUGAAGAAUUUUGUCCACAGUGUGAAGAAGCUCUGUGUGGAGACUGUACAGAACAUCAUAAGAUAUCGAAAUCAACAAAAUCACAUCAGACCAUCUCUUUAGAAAAAUAUAACAAAUUGCCAUCAUUCAUCAAACAAAUUAGUCAUAACUGUCAAGAGCACGGCUGUGACAUAUCAGCACAAAUUUUUAAACCAAAGUCAGUAGCAAAAUCUAUUGAAACCAUAAAAGUCAGUUUAGGACGUAGGAUUAACAUUAAUAGCGAAAGUAUUUCUGGAUGUGCCAUAUCAGAAGAUGGAAACAUGCUAUUUCUACAAGAACACAACAAUAGUAUGAUGAAAUAUGCGCCUAAUGAUGAAUUAAUUUCAGAAUCACGUAUCAACCCAGCGACGAGCGGCAUUAGAUAUGACCUUGCAGUGAUUGAUUCUAAUACGGUUGCUGUAUCAAGUGGUGGAAACGAUCCUCAACAGAUUUACUUGAUUGAUAUGGAUAGUACAAAAACGAGUCAAGAUUUUCAACUGGGGGACUGUUGUUGCGGUUUAAGCUACAACAACGAUUCAUUCAUUUGUUGCACGUAUCAUAAUGGCAUAAAAAUAUAUGACAGGUCGAACUCUAACGUCCGGAUACUGCCAAAUUCUCCCAAAUCGGCGGGUGAUACUUACGUUGCCUCAAAUGCAAAUUCCAUUUUUCAUACCAAUUGGCCUGAUGAUUCUGUUGUAUGUUACGAUUUCAGUGGGCGGGUACAAUGGACAUAUGUCGAUUCCAAAUUGCUUAGAAAACCGUACGGCAUCACAUUAGAUACUCAUUCGAAUAUUUAUGUGGCCGGUUCUGACUCUAACAAUGUAGUCGUGAUAUCUCCAGAUGGAAAACAGGCAAAAGAGCUAAUUGGGGCUAGUGACGGACUUGCAAAUCCUCGUGCCUUGGUCUUUCAUAAAACAAAACACUUGCUUUUAGUUGCAAACUAUAACAAAGCUGCUUUCAUGUAUUACGUUAUAUAA